AUGGGGAGGAAUGCCGACAUCAGCGAUGUCCAGGCGGAACAACCGUACCAACCCAUGCGUUCAACGUCCCCCACCUCUCUUCGAGCUGAAGCCUGGAAAAGUGAUACUACAAGACUCUGCAGCCGCAGGAAUGUCUGCCCGAAUGGCGAUAUACCUACUCAAAGAACUCGAAACGUUUCCAGGGUUCGCCGCGCAUCCCUGUCCUCCCAGCUACCAGGGAGGCUCGAGUUCCUGGACCGGAAAGAUAAAACCAUGGCACAAGCGGCAUUGGUCGAUAAACCGAAAAAGCUAGGAACAUUCUCUGGCGUGUUCGUGCCCACUACAUUGAAUGUAUUGAGCAUCCUGAUGUUCCUCCGAUUUGGGUUUAUUCUUGGCCAAUGUGGCAUUUUAGGAACCUUAACAAUGCUCAUUGGCUCAUAUCUCAUCAAUCUGGUAACAACGAUGUCAAUUUCGGCCAUAGCAACCAAUGGCACUGUCCGAGGCGGUGGCGCUUACUACCUCAUCUCUCGCUCAUUAGGGCCGGAAUUUGGAGGCUCAAUUGGAAUGGUAUUUUAUCUAGGUUGUGUUCUAAACACCGGAAUGAAUGCGGUUGGAUUGGUCGAUUGCCUUACGCAAAGCUUUGGGCUCUCAUCGGGGUCAUUGUCAACUUUCUUGCCUGAAGGGUUUUGGUGGCAGUACCUUUGGGGAACCAUAGUCAUCCCGCUAUCUCCGCUGCUUGUUAGGCCAUUCACGAGCGAUAGGCUUCGCAUAGUAUACACUGGCUUUAGGUGGUCCACCUUACUUGAUAAUUUGAAGCCACGGUUUACCAAGGGGGCUGCAGGCAGCCAGAUUUCUACCAGGGAGAGUUUUCAGAGCCUUUUUGGGAUACUGUAUCCUGCGACGGGAGGAAUAUUCGCCGGGGCAAGUAUGUCUGGCGAUUUAAAAGAUCCAAGUCGAUCCAUCCCCAAGGGUACACUCUAUGGGCUCUUUUUGACUUUCGUGACCUAUACUGUGGUGGUCUUAGUUAUUGCAUCGACGGCGACUAGAGAAUCGUUGUAUAGAGACGUAAAUAUUAUACAAGAUAUCAAUAUCUCCGCCAGUCUUAUUGUGUUAGGUGAAUUUGCAACCACAUUCUUUUCUGCUUUGAUGGGCUUAAUCGGCGCAGCAAAACUCCUUCAAGCUAUUGCAAGAGAUAACCUUCUGCCUGGUAUUUCGAUUUUUGCUCAAGGAGCGUCGAAAAGCGACGAACCCACAUCUGCUAUUAUAUUUACAUUUGUUAUUGCUCAAUUGACAAUGCUAUUUGAUAUAAAUCAGAUUGCUUCUUUCAUUACUAUGAUUUAUUUGAUGACGUUUUUGGUGACUAAUUUGGCGUGCUUUCUCCUCAAAGUUGGCUCUGCACCGAAUUUUCGCCCUUCGUUUCAUUACUUUAAUUCCUGGACUGCGUUAGCCGGAACUCUUGUGAGCGGUGCUAGCAUGUUCUUUGUGGAUGGCGUUUACGCUACUGGCUGCAUCUGUGUGCUGGUCUUAUUGUUUCUGUUUAUCCAUUAUACUACACCCCCAAAAUCCUGGGGUGACGUCAGUCAGAGCCUGAUAUACCACCAGGUCCGAAAGUAUUUGCUCAGACUUAGGCCUGAGCAUGUUAAAUUCUGGCGACCACAAGUUCUGCUUUUUGUUGACAGCUUUGACGCUCAGUACAAGAUGAUACAUUUUUGCAAUUCGCUGAAAAAAGGGGGGCUUUUUGUCUUGGGCCGUAUCAUCGUUACUACAGACUUUGCUGGCGCUGUUCCAGAAGCUAGGCGGGAACAAACUGUGUGGAACAAGUUUGUCGAGUAUUCCAAAGUCAAAGCCUUUGUGAACGUCACAAUCUCGCCGAGUAUUGAGUGGGGCAUUAGAAACGUUGUGCUAAACUCUGGACUGGGCGGAAUGAGGCCAAAUAUCGUCGUAAUCGACCAAUUUCGCAGGCGAUAUGGCCGAGUCGCUGCAGAGACCGGAGACAACGAAUCACGUCAGCCUGGUCCACGGGGAGAAUUGAAUUCUGUAUUGAGGCCGAAGGUUGACGGAAACACCAUGAGUGGACAAAGCUACGUGACUGCGUUGGAAGACCUCCUCUAUAAGCUUCGCAUUAACGUGGGCAUUGCGAGGGGGUUCGAAGACAUGGAACUCCCUAGCACCAAAGGCCAUGCAAAACGGUACAUUGAUUUGUGGCCCAUUCAGAUGUCUGCCGAGAUAUCCGGCGACGGAUGCUACAGCAAGAAGAACAUUGUGACUACGAAUUUUGAUACAUAUACGCUUAUCCUGCAAUUGGGGUGCAUUUUGAAUACGGUUCCGUCUUGGAAGAAGUCUUAUAGAGUAAGGGUGGCAGUAUUUGUUGAGUAUGAAACUGAUGUUGAAGAAGAGCGCGGAAGGGUGGUACUGUUACUGGAAAAACUUCGCAUUGAAGCCGAAGUGCUUGUAUUCUGGCUUGCCAGCGGGGAUGUGCAAUCUUAUAGGAUCAUUGUGAAUGGAGAGCGGUCGGGCUUUGAGAAUACGACUUUGAAAGAGAUUGAUGAAAUUUUAGAGGAGGAGGAGUGGUGGCAAGAACUACAGCGAUUUCGCUGGGGAGACGGUAGAGGGAAAGGGAGAGGUGGGCCAGCGUCUAAACAGCAUGGGGCGCGACCAGGCUCAUUGGAAGAUGAAAACCGGCGGCAGUUUGACGGACUGCGCAAGUUUAUCGAGUCCUCUCGGCAAAAGAAAUCCGCGGGUAAGCUGGGAGGAAUGGCGUUGAGCCUAGGUAUGCAGGCCCAACGUCUGGUGGACUCUAUGGUAGAUUAUGGAUCAGAUGAAAGCGAUUCCUCAUGCCCCUCUCGCAUGCAAGAUGACGGGAUAGAGCCAUAUGUGAGCGAAGCCGAUGAUGAAGGCGAAUACGCUGGUGCGGAUGAGAUGGCCGACGAGCCAACACCGCCAGUGGCGGAAAGCGUGCGAAGGUCCUGGUUGCUCGGCGGUGCAAAGAAGCCUCAGAUAGGAGCCGGAAAACGACGAGCAGAAUUUUUAUCAGAAUCUGCGAUCACUGACUCGGAGAGCUCCAGCUCGGAGACGUCGACUUCUACUUCGGGGCCCUGGGCGGUAGGAAGGGUGGUGGGCAAUGGGGCCUCGUCGUCCCACGAGAAGCCGGGGAUUGCACGAACGGCAUCGACCGCGCGAUUCUCCUCGGCGCCGAUCCCUGAAACCAAGAUUGCUGCCGAGGAGUGCGCCGGACCUUCAAUCAUGUUUGCGCCCCCGGAGGGCGGGCCGGCGGGGCCCAAAGGCGGGCAGUCGAUAUACCAGCGGUCGGCCGUGCAGCAUGCGUCCAGCGUCGGGGCUGAGCACGGGAGUAGCCCUGCGUCCGGGUUCCCGUCGCAGGCAGCGGUCUCCAUGUCCUUCAACGAUCUCCCACGGCGCGCGCAGCACCUCAUCGUGAAUGAGCUAAUAAGGUCGCAGAGCGCUCGAACGGCGGUGAUCUUCACGACACUGCCGUCGCCGGCAGAAGGCACGUGCAGCGACCUGCGCAGCAGCGCGUCGUACCUCAGCGACCUGGAGGUAUUCUACGACGGGCUGCCGCCGUGUCUGCUGGUGCACAGCAACAGCAUGACGGUGACGAUGAAUCUGUGA